AACUCCAGUGAACCAGAUCUCCAGAGAUAGAUCUAAUCCUGUUUAGGAACUCCUCAGUGAUGGAGCUGCUAUUGAGUCAACCUCAUUUCUCAAGGGCACUCCUGCUGCUGUUGUUAUCAAACUUGUUGCUGUGGGAAAAAGCUGCAUCAAUUCCUGCAUGUCAGGCAAAAAAGGGUGGCUGCUGGGACCCACUUGUGGAAACAUUUAACAGUGCCAUCCAGAGAGCUGAAACCCUCCAAAAACUGUCUAACCAAUUCUAUGUAGAGCUUUACCACAAUGAAUUCUCAUCUGGACAAUUUGCAGCUCUUACUGUACAACUGAUGAAGAAGGAUGAGGCUGUUUUCAGAGCUGGAACUUACUGCCAUUCUACUCUCACAAACCCCCCAAAUAAGGGAAUUCAGUACAUAACUAUUGAAGUCGAAGAUUAUUUAAAAACUUUGAUCAAUUAUGUGGGUUCCUGGAUUAGCCCUCUCUUCCAUCUAGUGAUUGAACUGAGUGCCAUGCAAGAUGUCCCUGAAACUAUCCUCUCAAAAGCCAAGGAGAUUGAAUUGAAAAACAGGGAAAUUUUGGGUGACCUUAGGUGGAUACUCACCAAGGUCUAUCCUAAAGCAAAAACAAAGGAAGAAUUUUCCAGCUGGGAACAUCUUUCAUUCUUAAAAUCAAGUAACAAAAAUAAUAAAUUUUUGGCAAUGUUUAACCUUUCCAACUGCCUAGAGUAUGACACACAGUUCACUCUAUUUCAUCUCAGAUUAUUGAAGUGUCGUAUAACUCUAGAAGAUUGCUAAGUGAACAUUUACCAUGUCUCCUUUGGAGCUGCUCCACAACAGCCAUCACUGAACUUUUGCUUUUAAUUGUAUACAUUUCAAAUGCAUGUGUUUGUAAAUGUGUACCUUUUAAAAACAAUAAAAAGCAUUCUCUUCAGAAAUGUC